CUGCAACUUAUCAAAACAAUGAACAAGCUUAUCAGUAUUCACGAUAUACCUAUCUAUUCAUUUUUUAAUUGAGUAAAAGAUAAUUGAUUGGUUCUGCGUGAGGGGGUUUAAAGAAUGGAACGUAAUCUGAUGCGUACGCGUCCAACUGAGGCAUCGCCAACCGUUACAUAUCGCAAACCUUCCGGACUUUGUUCUCAUACAGUCUCUACCUCUGUUUGUCUUGUAAGCUUCCUCUUUCCAUCAAUCCACUUAACCUCCCAGAGAAUCACGUUGGUCUUCUUAGUCUCCUUGCCCGUUGCCUUUUCUUUGAACGUGGUUUUGCUAAGAACUACCACGAUGCCGUCUGGCUUUUCCGGGUUCUCCCAUUGGAGAAUGACAGAGAAAGCGUCUUGAACCGAUGUACCAGAGCUACGGAUGUGUUGAAGGCCUUGCUCAGAUUGGUCAUACGUGUAGGUAUUGUGGUUGAUUCUGGCAGUUCGCCUGUGUCAGAUAUGCUUGCCAAGAUUUUAUGAAGUUUGAGUCGGGUACUUAACUACUAAGCUUGGAUCUACUUGCUCUUGGACGGCUUUGAGAGCGAGUUUGGCACUCAGUUGAAUGAACAAAUGUCAACAAAAUAUUGCGGUAAUAAUUGAGUUACACACUUAUGCGAACAGUUUCGAUUGUAACGAGGGGCUGAGGGGCGUGGCUGGUAUUUUAGGAUUUAAGACGGGAAACCCAUUUUAUACCUGUGAAUCUUUUAACAUUGAGCAUUUCCCUUUGAGCCACUCUGAAUUUCUCUGUGGAGCCUACUAGCGUGUGCGGAUUUGCGGAGUUUCUAAGCUCACUUAAGGUUGACUUAUAAUAUUCGAUAACCAGCGGAGGAUAGCCCAUGUCCGUUUCUUCGUACUUUUCUACCCUAUCUGAUCGAAGGGUUCCGAAGCUUCUAUCGCAACUAGCACAUCUUAGAGUCGUGUUGUUUACAGCACUGAGACUACAGCGGAAGCAAAGAGGAAACUUUGCGGAGUUUGUUGGGAAUUGCGGAUUUUACUAAGAAAUGCGGAGGAGAAUUGGCCCAACUCCAUUGUGGAACCCACCUUGCGCAUCAACAUGCGCCAAAUCCAGGAUAAGUGCCCACAAAAUAUUUCCAGCUUUUCGCAGCUCAAUUUAAAGUCUAUAAAACGUAACCAAACCCGCAUGUGAAGACCCCAUUUCCUCUAACGAAAGCCAGCAUUCAUCUGCAGCCAGUCUUCUAGUAAAAUUUUCACUUUCCAGGUCGCUCAUUCUUCAUAUUUUCACCAUGAGUGAUAUCGAACAGCACAAUAAUCUUGUUCUGAGGGCUCCAGAUAUAGUAAAGACAUACCACAGGUCUUCUUACGCCGCCAUAUCACCUUUUUGCCCUGAGUUAUCCCAAGCCGGAAGAACAGUUCUAAUUACUGGAGCGUCCGCCGGGAUAGGAUUUGCCAUCGCUAGAGCAUAUGCCUCAGCCUCAGCAUCCAAAGUGAUCCUCAUAGGUCGCCGUAAAGACGUUCUCCACAAUUCGGCUUCCAAGCUGUCAGGAGAGUUCAAAGAUACGAAAGUUGAUGCGCGAGUCUGCGAUAUUGGAAACGUGGUCGAGUCUGCCACUCUCUGGUCUGACCUACGUGCUGAUGGCGUUUUUGUCGACGUCCUCGUGCUGAACGCAGCGAAGUUCGGAGGCCAAGAGUCGAUAUUAAAUGCAGGUGUCGAGAACAUUUGGUUGCAGUAUGAAACCAACGUGAGGUCGCUCUUACAGUUCACCGAGCAGCUGUAUAAACAAGAGGGUCAUGAGGACAGGCAAAAGCAUCUCGUUUAUGUCUCUACGGCCGCAGUGCACAGUAAAUCCAUCGCUGCCGCUCUGCCAACCUAUUCUCUCAGCAAAACGGCCGGCCAUCACUUGUUGCAAAAGAUAGCUGGUGAGGUUGACCAGAAGGAAUUGCAGAUCAUCAGCUUCCAUCCUGGACAGAUUCUCUCUGAGACGAGUAGAUCUGCCGGUUUUGACGAGACCUCGUGCGCUUGGGACGAUGAUGAUCUACCUGGGCAUUUCGCUGUCUGGGCAGCGAGUCCCGAAGCUGCGUUUUUACACGGUCGAUUUUCCUGGGCAGCUUGGGAUGUGAAUGAGAUGCGGUCUGGAGAAGUCAAGAAGCGCAUUGAGAAAAAUGCAGAUUUUCUUACUAUCAAUUUUGUAGGACUAUGAAAUCUGUUUGUGCCUCUUAAAUAGAGGUAGGUUUCUGCAGAAAGGACAUUAAUCCUUGCCCUAUAGCAACAGGAUCAAUAUUAUCAACAAAAAUAAGUUAAAUAUAAAUACUCAUCUGAAUUCUCAUUGUAUAUAUUAUAUCA